AUGGAAGGGUCAUCUGAGCCUCCUGGUACCGUGUUCUUAGAAAAUGGUAACAUCCGAUCUGCUCACACCUACUGCGACCCGAUUGCCACUGACAGGAUUGAAGGACUCAACGAUCUGAAUGGAAUGCAAGCAGAUGCAGAUGGACGAAUUGCACUAAUACCACAGCCUUCGAAUGACCCCAACGAGCCUUUGAAAUGGCCCGUACAUCAAAAGGCGCUCAUAUUUGUCAUCGCCAACAUGUUUACUCUCAUGGUUUAUGCGACCCUAGAUGUAAGCACGGUAACAUGGCCUUCCCUGACGAAAGAAUUCGGAUUCUCCGACAAUGAGCUCACGACCAGCUAUGCGGUGAGCUUUGCGGGACUGGCCGUGGGAUGUAUUUUCUUCAUUCCCAUCGCCAUUUCAGUUGGGAGGAAACCGGUUUACUUGUUCGCGUCGUUCAUGAUGGUGUUAGUUAAUGUGGGCCAAGCCGUCUUCAAGACUAAGACCCAAUAUAUGGUUCUGCAGGUUCUAGCGGGAUUGGCUGGAUCAAUCAACGAUACCAUUGUGCAGAUGACCGUAUACCUCAGUUUGAUUCCGACUGGAUACGUUAUUCAAAGCCAGGGCUGGCGCUGGGUCUGGUGGUGGUGUGCCAUUCUCAAUGGAUUAGUUUUCGUGAGCAUCAUAUUUCUUUUUGAGGAGACCCGAUAUGCCCACUCGGCGGGCAACUGCUUCGUCGGGGAAGAAACGCCUGAGAGGUCAGCUGUUGAGCACAAUAAGCUGGACGUUCCAGAUGACUCCAAGAACCAUGAGGCCAGGGGUCCUCCCCUGUCCGAGCCCCCGACGGCUGGUAUGGCAGAAGAGGUCUCUCUCCAGCGUAAGACCUAUUUUCAGCGGGUGACUUCGCUGGGCCCCCCGCCGGACUGGAGCAUUCGAACUUAUUUGCGAUACCUACAACGGCCAUUUAUCCUUUUUUUCCGCAUUCCCGCCGUCGCAUUUGUGGCUAUCCAAUACUCCUUCGUCCUUUGCUGGGUGGCGGUGCUGGCGACAACCCAGCCUCUCUUGUUUUCUGCUCCACCCUAUAAUUUCUCGUCAGUUGGCGUGGGUAACGUGAAUAUAUCUCCGUUUGUAGGGGCUCUCGUCGGCUCAAUCUAUGGGGGUCCACUGAAUGACUACUAUGUGAUCUGGAUGGCCCAGCGGCGAGCGGGCAAAUAUGAUCCAGAACUUCGCCUGCACAUGCUCCUUGCGCCGUUGUUCAUCACCCCACUGGGCCUGUUCCUAUAUGGUAUCAGUAUUGAUCAGGGCAUGCCGUGGAUCGUCCCAGUGGUUGGAUCGGGCCUCGCGGGUUUUGGUGUGGGAUCAGUAAUGUCGAUCAUCUUUCCAUACGUUGAAGAUAGCUAUCGCGAACUCGUUGCCGAAGCUGUGGUGGUCGUCACCUGCGUUCGUAAUGGGAUCGCCACGGCCGCCGCAUUUGCCGUCAGCCCGUGGCUUCAUGGCAUGGGAGUGCAGAACAUGUUUCUCACUGCGGGGUGUUUAUGCUUUGCAAUCCUGCUGCUGACGGUCCCCAUGAUUAUCUGGGGGCGGAAAGCACGUCGCUACACAGCUGGCUUCUACACAGAUACUGUGGCUAGUAACUAG